UCCAAAUAAAUUUACAUACUAUUUUUUAUUUUUCAUUUGUAGAAUUUGACCAUGAGCUCGGACGAAAGGCCUUCGGGCGAAUUGCAAAAGGACCUGCUUAUGAGGCUGCCAUUUGAUCUCUCGGUGCUUGUCAGCAAGUUCCUGGACAUCGAGGACAUCUACAGCUGCAUGCUGGUGAGCCACAGCUGGUACAAGCUGGUGUCCGAUCACGCAGUGCUGUACCAGCGGCUGCUUCAAAGAUCGCACUUUGACCAGGAGCCGCUACUGUUCCGGGGACCGCGCUUUGGUAACCAGCAGAACCACGAGGUGGAUGAGCCGGGCAAGAGCAAGGAUGAGAUGGAUGAGGACCAGGAAGUCCGGAUCGAGCAGCGCCUCAACAUGCAGCUGCUUCGGGCGCCCAAGGUUCUGCCGCACUUGCUGAGCAAGCUGAUGAACCGCGAGAAGCGGUGGACGACCGGGGUGCCGCGAAUGCGCAUGUAUCUGCCGCCGGUAGGCAUGGACGGCAUUGACGCGGAUAUCCGGGACGAGUGGGAGGGCCCGGUGAAGGUGGUGAAGAUAAAGGGCGGCAUUGUGUGUGUCUUGCACGAGAUGGGCAAGACAAUGCGUCUGUGGGAUCUGGACCAUCAGUACCAGAAGCUGCGGGAUAUGGCGAAUGAGCUUGCCGAGGAGCACCGGGAGGUUCUGGAGAAGAACGAGCGCAACGGCAUGCUGCGCAGCCUGUCGGAGAAGGAGGCGGGAGUGAUCCUGGAGUGUGUGAAUCUGGCAGGCAAGCCGUGCCAGCCGAAACUGCGCGUGGUGCGGUUGCGGCAUCGGCCCGAGCUGUUUGACUUCUUCCCGUCGACCAACCGGCUGAUCACAUCGUCGGCAGCGGGCAUCAUCGACGUGUAUGAUCUGGAGACUGGCAAGCACCUGCGCGAGUUCCGUCUGGAGGACGUGCGGAUCGGGUCAUUGCAUAUUUGGAUGGAGUUUAUUGUGGUUGGGCAUGGCACGCAGAUCACGCUACUGAACCACAAGACCGGCGAGGUACUGGAGGACGCGCUGCAGACGGCGCACCAGUAUGCGAUCACGGCGGUGUUUGUGCUGGACAAUGACAACCAUAUGCUGAGCGUCGAUGAGUCGGGCGUCAUUGUAGUGACGGAUCGCUCCAAGGCCCGCAGGGAUAUCGACACGCUACUGAACACCCCGUUGCACCCGUUGAUCUAUCAUGGCAAUGUGGGCGCGCCGUAUGCGAUGAGGCUUUUGCAUAUGUCGCAUUUGUGUGUGUACGGCAAAUACACGUUCGGGCAGUACGAGCUGUACCCGCCAGGAAUUGACGGGCUGCCGCCGAUCUCGGAGCUGAUGCUCAUCGGCGGUCCCGAGGACGAACAGGACCACAGGGGCAAUCCACCAGUGGACGGAAAUGUGGCGGCACCUGACAGCCCUGGCAGCGCAGACAGUGGCGAUGGCGGUGAGUCAGCGGCUGGCCAUACUCCAGCUGCGUCAACCAAAUCCUACGAUGAGGAGCGGCGCGAGACGCUCAAGCAGCUGCUGCGGUCUGAGCGCGACGUGGAGCGCAUGUACAGCGAGAUCAUCGGCGACCGCGACGGACCGGCACUGGGCGGCAGGCGGAUGCAGAGCCUGCGGCAAAACACCACGCCGCAGAACGACCGGUACCAUAUCCUGAACAUCAACUCGCGGUUCGCCGAGCUGGAGGGCAACAUUGCGACUUUGGAUUUCCGGCGAGUGCUGUACCAGGCCAACGGGUUUAUACGGAUCUGCGAGCUGGGGGGCGGCGAGAUGCCGCCGGUGGAAGAUCCGGAGCACCCCGCCAGCGACGCUGUGCUGGGAGUGAGCCUGGGCCUGUAUCCCGUCGACGCAAGCACGGACCUGGGCCCCGCAAGCAGGGAACACGCGGAGGCGCUGAAAGAUAUCAUCGAGGAGCUCGAGUUGCAGAUGCCGGGCGGGUUUGGGGGUGGCGAAGGCCAGGGAGACCUUGUGGACGAGACCGGGUGGUCACAUAUGCUGGUCAACGACGAGCCUGUGGAUCUGAACGACCUGGACGCAGUGAGCGCCAAGGCCAUGCGCUCCAUGUUUGCCAUCCGCUAUGCGACCGACGUGCCUGACUUUGGCCGCGUCCCAUUCUCUGUGAAUUACCUGCGGUCAGCGGUCGAGUUCCUGCAGCAGAGCACCCCCGAUCUGUUCCAUGCGGUGCAGAACCCGAAUCUCGGCAUCGACGCGCUGAGCAACUCGGCGCCGUACUAUAUCCAGAAGCACUAUGAGAGCCGGUUCAAGCGCCCGGUCGAUGUGGUCGACCACCGCGGCCAGGUGCGCGAUGCCCAGGCAGUCAUGCGCGACAUGAACAGGCUGUACCGGGCGCUGCGCAAGUCCACCGCCAUGGACGACUCGGUGCUUAUUGGCAAGGGUGUCCGCGACCUGAAGUAUGUCGCCAGUGCUAUGGACGACUCGCGGCUGGUCGUUGGGUGCCGCAACGGCUAUGUUGUUGUCACUUCUUUUGAAUAAACGUGAUGUUCUACCCUUGGCAGUUUGUGUGAUGCGGAAUUUUUUUCCCCAGAAGCCAGAUCACUUUGUGCGAGGUGGUUAGAAAGUUCUAGCGCAUUGGUUUCUUUUUCUUCUCUUCAAAUACACAUAUUUUUCC